GCAGUAAUAGAAUGAAUCAUUUAACAUUUAACGUCAUUUAGGGGUUUAGGGUUAGGGUUAGGGUUUUUCAUCUUGCACAGUUGCACUCCGCUGUCUGCGUGGAAACAGAGGACGGAGAAUGGCGACGAGAGCAGGGCUUUUGAAGCGAUUUUUUUCAACGUCAAUGUUCUCUUCGCAAACCACGGCUGCUGCUAAUGCUAAACCUGCACCUAUUCCUUCAACCACCCUCUUCAUCUCUGGGCUCAACAAGAGAACUACAUCUGAGAAACUGAAUGAAGAGGCCUCCAAAUUUGGUGAAGUCGUUCAUGCCAGGGUUGUGACAGACCGUUCCUCUGGAUAUUCAAAAGGUUUUGGAUUUGUGAAAUAUGCCACUAUAGCUCAAGCAGAGCAAGGAAUAAAGGGAUUGGAUGCUCAGUUUCUUGAUGGAUGGGUAAUUUUUGCUGAAUUCGCGCGUUCAAGAACUCCCCCAGGAUACUUGGCAUCCACAGAAAAGAACACCCAUCAGGCUGAAAUGGAUUGAACCAAUGGAUUUACCUAGCAAAUUGGUGGGAGCUACAAAAAGGAGAAAUUGUUAUUGUUAUCACGAGAUAUAUUUGGCUUUACACAGGUGAUAGAUGCAAGUAGUAUUGCGGAAGCGGGGUGCUUGAGCUGUUCGUCAUUUGCAAGUUCGAUAAUCCAGUGCCUGAAUUUUGGUGUCUUGAGUCCUUUGUAUCAGCAUAUUCCCAUAAUUAUGAACCAGUAUACAAUCCUCUACUGACAACCAUUAAGACCUAAGUAAAUAUACUCACCGUCUGCUUACUGUCAUAAUUACGACCAUAAACCCAGUUGAGAAAUCAAUAUGUCGGUUUCUCUGUUUAUAUUCCUUCAAUCUUUUCUGCUUUUAUUUUGCUUCCUCUGAUUAGUGUAGGAAGAAGACAGGCCAACUUUGUAUUCAGUCUUGCAUUACACAUUUGUUUUGUCA